CCGGAAGUGGCACGCGGAGGGGUCGUGCGGGGCGGCGCAUCGCUACCUGGCUGCCUGACGUCCUCCUCCGCGGCAGAGUUUGAGAAGUGGCCCAGACUUCCUGGUACAUGGCCGGCCGGACGGCGAAGGAGCCGCGCCGGUUUAUCGACGACAGGAGCGACGACGCCGAGUUGAACGCAAGCAGCAGCAGCAGCAGCAAUGUGGCAGGCUAACGUCUUGGGUCUCGGCACUGGCACGGCCGCUUUGGAAGUCGGUCGGUCGCUCUCAAGCGGGUCGGGUCCGGGCCCGAGUGCCCCCAUCUUUGCAAAGUGAAAUUUGUCAUGAGUGCCUCGAGGAGGAAGAAGAAAGCGGAGAACGAGCACACCCGUCCAGAGAUUCUGCCUCCGGGCUCCUGCCAUGACGUCCGACAGCGAUCAGGAUGCCGCCGUGAAGCUGGAGCGGGAACGGGCCGAGAUCGUGGCCAAAUAUGAAAAGGGAAAGGAGUCCACCGUGGAGCCCUGGGAGGACACCAACUUCCACCUGUACAAGGUCGUCGACCGCUUUGGCUUUGUGCACGAGAAGGAGCUUCCGGCCUACGAUGCGGUGGAGGAAAAGCACAAGCACACGGAACUGGAGAGGACCACCAAGUGGCUCAAGAUGCUCAAGAGUUGGGACAAAUACAAGAACAGUGAAAAGCUUGUGCGGAGGAUCUACAAGGGAAUCCCGCUGCAGCUCCGAGGUGAAGUUUGGGCUCUCCUGCUGGACGUUCCCAAAAUCAAGGAGGAGAAGAAGGGCUUCUACGAGAGGCUGAAGGCCACGGCCGAGGCCUCGUCUCCCGACGUCCGCCAAAUCGACCUGGACGUGAACCGGACCUACAGGGAUCACAUCAUGUUCAUGCACCGCUACGACGUCAAGCAGCAGGCCCUCUUCCACGUUCUGACGGCCUACUCCGUCUACAACUUGGAGGUGGGCUACUGCCAGGGCAUGAGUCAGAUCACGGCGCUGCUGCUCAUCUACAUGAACGAAGAAGACGCCUUCUGGGCUUUGGUCAGGCUGCUGUCGGGACACAAGCACGCCAUGCACGGCUUUUUCGUCCCCGGCUUCCCCAAGCUGAUGCGCUUCCAGGAGCACCACGACCGCAUCCUGAAGAAGAUGAUACCCAAGCUCAAGCGUCAUCUGGACAGCCAAGAGGUUCGGACCAGCCUCUACACCAUGAAGUGGUUCUUCCAGUGCUUCCUGGACAGGACUCCUUUCACGCUCACUCUCAGGAUCUGGGACAUCUACAUCCUGGAGGGUGAGAGAAUUCUUCCCGCCAUGUCCUACACCGUCCUCAAACUGCACAAGAAGCACCUGCUCAAGUUGCCCAUGGAGGAGCUAGUGGACUUCCUGCAGGUCACCUUGUCCAAAAAUUUCUUUUUCGACGACGACUUUGUGGUGGAGCAGCUGCAAGCCUCGGCGACGGAGCUCCGAAGGGCCAAGCUGGAGUUGCCGGCGCCAGCUCAAGAUGAGGAGUUCCCCAAGAAGCCUCUCGGGCAGCUUCCCGACCUGCCGGUGAACCACGCGGUCAACGGCCGGAGCCACGUCGAGCCCCCCCCGGGGCCGCCCGCUCCCCAACGUCCCCAGUGCGGCUUAGGGCGGGACUCGCCGGACGCUUCCAGGUAUGACGGUCACCCCAAGGUGGCUUCCGACGGGCAGCGCUCGCCAGAAAGGGAGGCGACGCCCACCCCGAGGCCGCACAGACACACCGACGCUCAUCGAGACCUCGGCCCCCGUUGGUUCAAACCCUCCGAGACCAAGCUGGAAGCGGCCAAAGCCAUGGCGGCCCAGGAGAAUCCGCAGAACCCAGUAAGGUACGCUCCGGCCCCCUCCGGCCAGGACGAGGGCCCGCGGGGCGAGCAGCGCCGGGAGCGAUCCAAGGGCUCGGUCACGGGCGCCAACCGCGGUUCCGACGCCUCCCAGUACGACAAUGUUCCCGGGCUACCGGAGACGGAAUUUGAAAUCCUGGAGCUGGAGAGACCCCCAACCAGGAUGCGGACGCCUCAGAGUGAGAUCCCCUCAUACGGCGCUCGCGGCUACGGCGGGAAUGUCUUCACGGCGCAGUCCGGCUUUGGGACGCCUUCCCAGCCCCUCGCGGUGUCAUUUGCCCAUCACAGCCGCUUCCCUGGAAAGCAAAAGCCCCCCCACCGCCAUCACCAGGCCCCUACCGAGGUCCCCAUCUUUCACCCGGGGUCCAGACACUACGCGGCAGCCGGCGGGGAUCAAAUGUCCAACCACGUGUCGCCGGAGCAGGCGCUCAUGAACUACGUGGCAAGCCAGCGCAGGGAGCCGCCCCACCGUCCCCGAGCACCCCCCUUGCAGCUGGAGCCCCAGGGGAGGAGCGCCACCCACAUCUACUCCCCUGCACAGUCCCAUGCCCCUUUGGACUACAGAUUAGAAGGGCGCGUCCAAGGGGGGGCCCUGGAGUCCCAGUGGGGCCCAGAGGAGGAGGCGGCGGCGCAGAGCCCGGGCGGGAUGCCUCGCUCGCCCAGCUUCCGGAAGGCCCAGAUGUCUCCCGUGGAGGUGUUUGAGUUCCCGGGGAACGGCGACGGCGGGACACGGCAGCCCGUCCUUCGCCAACAGCUCCCCCGGGUGUUUGGAGGAGCGUACUACAGCCACGCGCAGGAGGCCUUUGCCAUGCAGGAGUCCAUGCUGCUCUGAGCGCAAGUACGCACGCACGCACCAGCCGUCGGAGUCAUGUACUGGUUCGGUGCCCCUAACGAGUAGAUUCUGACUCAUCCCCCCCACGACUGACUCGGGCGUAGUGGCUCAAGUGGCUUUCGGUGCCAAAAUCAAGUCAGCCGCUCUCUCCCCUUGAAAGAUAUUUGCAACAGGGAAUUGGAAGCUUGAAAAUAAAGGCUGAAGAUUUUGAAUGUAAAUCCUAACAAGAGGAUAAAUGUAUCCACCAGAGAGACAAAAAGUGAGCGGCCCGUCCGUCCGUCCGUCUUUCUUUUGGUUACUAACCCAAGUUGACACUGGAGCUCUCAAGCGGAGGAAAGAACUCUCUCACUGGAUGUCACGGACACUUUGAAACACCUCCGCUUUUGACUCGAUUUCAUUUUGUUUUGACUUCAUUACGACUACCUGAAGUGCAAUCUUUGGAUUGCUUCGAUUUGAAUAACACUGAGUACUGUACGGUGAGGCCAGCCAGCUAGCCAGCCAGCGAGCGUCUUUUGCUCUCGAUUCAAAACACAAAUGUCAUUUGUGAGCGCUACUUAUAGUUUUGGGUCUGAUGAUGUCACUACAUUUGUUAAUAUAACUUGGAUUCGAUUUUCCUCAUGUGUUUGUCACUACAUUUGUUCAUAUAACUUGCAUUUUAUUUGGUUUGGGUUUGUUUUUGCGCAUUUAUUUGACUUGAAGUUGCUUUUAAUUUGACUCGGACGAGUUGUGGGCAAAUUUGCGUCAAUGCAAUUUCCUUGUUGUCAACACUGUCGAGUGAGUGAGCCAGCUACGGUGAGUCUCUUCUUAAACGCAAAAAGCGUUGGUGACGCAUUUGAGCGUUGCGUCUUUGUUCUGCUGUAUUUUUACUAGACAUGCCUCAAGUUUGCAUCAACCUGUUCCAUUGACUUUUUGUCGACACUGUCGAGAGUUUGCGUCGUCUCAAGACUAACGUCUCGCUUGCAUUUGCAUAUUUUGGCUUAUUAAACAAAAAAUGCAACAGUU